AUGUUCGCCGUGCGCUCCGCUACCGCCGUUGCCCGUCCGGGCCGUCUCGUCCUCCGCGGCCUCUCGACGUCGGCCCCCGUCCUCUCGGCACAGCUCAAGAAGACCCCUCUGUACGACCUGAACGUCAAGAACGGAGCCAAGAUGGUGCCCUUCGCCGGCUGGGACAUGCCUCUGUCGUUCGGCGACGUCGGACAGACGACUGCCCACAAGCACGUCCGUGAGGCUGCGGGUCUCUUUGACGUUUCGCACAUGCUCCAGCACGAAUUCUCGGGCGCCGGUGCCCAGGACUUCCUCCUCUCCCUUACGCCCAGCUCGCUCGACAAGCUGCCAGAGCACGGCUCGUCUCUCUCGGUUCUGCUCAACAAGGACGGCGGUAUUAUCGACGACACAAUCAUUACCAAGCACGCUGCCGACGGCUCCAAGUGGUAUGUGGUCACGAACGCAGGCCGUUCGGACGAGGACGUUGCGCACAUCAAGGAGCAGCUCGCCGAGUGGACCAAGGCCAACCCGGACAAGCCUGUCAAGUGGGAGAUGCUCGAGGGCUGGGGUCUCGUUGCUCUCCAGGGCCCCAAGUCGGCCGCUGUGCUCCAGGCCCUUACCGACGUCGACCUGUCAAAGAUCAAGUUUGGCCAGAGCGUGUUUGCCGAGGUGGGCAAGGACAAGGUCCGCUGCCACAUUGCUCGUGGUGGUUACACCGGCGAGGACGGUUUCGAGAUCUCCAUUCCCCCUGCGUCGGCCGUUAGCGUAACCGAGCAGAUCAUGGCCAACACCGACGUCAUGCUCAUUGGUCUUGGUGCCCGUGACUCGCUCCGCCUCGAGGCCGGCAUGUGCCUCUACGGCCACGACCUCGACGAGACCAUCUCGCCCAUCGAGGCCGGUCUCACCUGGCUCGUCGGCAAGGACCGCCGCACUGAGGGUUCCUUCCCCGGCUCGUCGCGCAUCAUCAAUGAGAUUGCCAACGGCCCCUCGCGCCGCCGUGUGGGUUUCGAGAUCAAGGGUGCCCCAGCUCGUGAGGGUUCCAAGAUCUUUGACGCCGAGGGCAAGAAGGAGAUUGGUGUCAUCACGUCGGGUAUCCCUUCGCCUACCCUCGGCGUCAACGUCGCCAUGGGUUACAUUAAGAACGGCCAGCACAAGAAGGGCACCAAGGUCAAGGUCGAGGUUCGCAAGAAGCUCCGUGACGCCGAGGUCAAGCCCAUGCCGUUCGUCCCGGCCAAGUACUACAAGUAA